AUGGCUGCUAAUUCCUUUCUCUGUUGUCUUUGUGUCAUCAUAAUCAUAUCGCAAGCCAACGCCCAGACCUGUGAUAACAACAAAGGCAACUACACAGUCAACAGCACUUACUACAACAACCUCAACACCGUCUUAUCCAGUUUCUCUUCCCACGCUGAAAUCAAAUACGGUUUCUACAAUUUCUCACAUGGCCAAGGCACAGACAAAGCAUACGCCAUGGGGGUCUGUAGAGGCGAUCUCACACCGGACGAAUGCCUCAAAUGCCUCAACGAUUCCAGAGAGGCUAUCACAAAGGCCUGUCCAAACCAGAAAGAGGCAAUUGCGUGGGGUGGUGAAUGCAUCUUGCGCUACUCUAACCGCUCCAUAUUUGGCCUCAUGGAGAAUCAACCUAUGGUGCUACUAGUGUACACGCUGGAUGCAAGGGGUUCGCUGGAUCAAUUCAAUGAAGCGCUGGGUAGCUUGAUGAAGAAUCUAACACGCAUAGCUGCAUCAGGUGACUCUCGCCGUAAAUAUGCCACAGGCAGCACACCUGCUCCAGAUUUUCAAACCAUAUACGGUUACACGCAGUGCAUGCCUGAUUUGUCAUCGGAAGAUUGUACCACGUGUUUGAAUGAUGCUAUCUCAAAAAUCCCAGAGUGCUGUAGUGGCAAGGCUGGAGGCAAUGUUUUGAAGCCCAGUUGUAGAAUUAGAUUUGACCCUUAUAUCUUCUACAGAACUACACAGAAGUUAGACCCAGAUGUUCCACCAAAAACGCCCCCCCAAUCGUCACCCUUCACCAACGACACUUAUGUACAUUCACAAGAAAAGAGCAUCACAUCACGAACUAUUAUCGCCGUAGCAGUGCCAGUGGCUGCUGUUGUUUUAGCGCUCAGUCUUUUCUGCAUAUAUCUGACAGGUCGGCUUUCCAAUGGACAGGUAAUUGCUGUCAAAAGGUUGUCAACAGAUUCUGGGCAAGGAGAUAUGGAAUUCAAGAAUGAAGUGCUGUUAUUGGCCAAGCUUCGACACCGAAAUUUAGUUGGGCUAAUUGGUUUCUGCUUGGAAGGAAGAGAAAGGCUGCUUAUCUAUGAAUUUGUUCCUAAUAAAAGUCUUGAUUACUUCAUAUUUGAUUUUGGAAUGGCAAGAUUGGUUCACGUGGAUCAGACUCAAGCAAAUACGAAUAGAAUUGUCGGAACCUAUGGAUAUAUGGCACCUGAGUAUGCAAUAUAUGGUCAGUUUUCAACAAAAUCAGAUGUUUUUAGUUAUGGUGUACUGGUUCUUGAGGUUGUCAGUGGCCGAAAAAACAUUGGUGUUCGUCAUGAGGAGGACAUGGAGGAUCUAUUGAACAUUACAUGGCGAAACUGGAAGGAUAGAACAACUACAAAUAUUGUUGACCCAAAAUUAAUCAACGGUUCGCGAAAUGAAAUAAUGAGAUGUAUCCACAUUGGGUUGCUAUGUGUUCAAGAAAAUGUGGCUGCCAGACCAACGAUGGAUUCUGUUGUACUCAUGCUCAAUAGCUAUUCUAUCACUCUCCCAGUACCUUCAGAACCUGCAUUUGUUGCGAAUUAUACAAGAAGCUUUUCAAACAUGUUGUCAUCGGAGCAUAACUCAAGGGAAACAAGAUCAAGUGAAUCCCCAUAUAAAACAGCUCAAAUGUCUGUAAAUGAGGCUUCAAUUACUGAGCCAUAUCCUCGCUAG